AAAAAAACUUGUAACUUUAAAAUGGCAACGUCUGCAGAAACGUUGAUCUCUGACCACCAACAUAAAUUAGUUGAAAAUGAGUGGACAGUCGUUCUGCCACAUCGCAAAAAUGAAAAAAGAAAGUUCCCCAAGCUUAAACCUGCAAUACAACAACAAACACAUUGGACUCCUCCUGCUGAUGAUCUUGAAACUACUCCGGAAAGAGAAUUUCAGUUGACACAAAAGAUGCAAAAUGCCAUCGAGAAACUAGAGAAUUCUCGGUUCUUUAGAGUUUUUCUUGAUCAAAUCCAAACUCCUGAAGCUUCAAACUAUUUUGACAACCUUACGGGAUCAGAACGCAAGUUAAAGAUGGUUAUUUAUGGUAUUGGUAGCAUUGAAUCGUUUGAAUCACCUCGGUUGCAGCUUAGUCUUGCAAUUCUCAUGAAGAGGAAACUUGGUUGGAUUGGUGACAUGGAAGUUUUUGAUCCGGUUAUUUCAUUGACUGAAUCUAAGGUUAUGGAACAUUUCGGGUGUUGUGUUCUUUCAAUUAAUGAACAAGGCAGAAGGCAAGCUGUGAAUCCAAUUCUGUUUUUUAUGCCCCAUUGUGAAGCCGAGCUAUACGACAAUCUUUUAAAGACCAAUUGGAGGUACAACAAUUAAAACAAAAUCUUAUUAUUUGGCAAUAGCUUUGAGAAAUAUGAGCAACAUGGGUCUAUGCUUGGUAACCCAGAUUUGCUUGAUUCAAAGAAGCAUAUACUUGCCAUACAACCAUUCACGAAAGAGUUUGAGAUUUGUAUUGUCUCAGAUGAUUAUUAUCGAGCCUUUCAGGGUUCAAGUUGGCAUUUUUUUAGUCUCCAAGCCGACACAAACUUGCAAGUAACAUUCUAAAACAUCAUAUUGGGUAUUAGAGCGUGUAAUAGAUGAUUGAAUA